AUGGCACUUUUUGCUCCCACGCGCUUCCAGCGCAGUGCCUGGCACACCUGGCGGGCGCUGAGCACGCUGCGAGUUGCUGGUGUGCCAGAGCACUUCAAUGCCCCCUUCCACCUUGCCAAGGAGCGAGGUCUCUACGAAGCGAAAGGGGUGGACAUGCAGUGGAACAUGACACCGCAGGGAACGGGCGCAAUGGGACAGAAGCUCGAUUCUGACGAGGUGGAUGUGGCAGUGAUGCUUUCCGAGGGAGCCGUGGCCCGCAUUGUGGAUGGCUCCAAGACUAAGGUCAUCGGCACAUACGUCAAGUCGCCGUUGCGUUGGGGCAUUCAUGUCAAGCGAGGCAGCCCAAUCAAGAAGCCCAGCGAGCUCAAGGGCAAAAUCUUUGGCGUCUCCCGAAUGCUGAGCGGCUCACAUCUCAUGGCGCAUGUCUUUGCUCACCAGCAAGGAUGGUCUCCGGCGACAGAUGCACCACUUAGAAUCGUGGGAACGCUUGACGGCGCCCGGGAAGCGAUGGGCAAGGAUGAGAUUGAUGCCUGGCUUUGGGAGAAGUUUACCACCAAGCACCUGGUGGACAGCGGAGAAUGGGAUAUCAUCGGGGAGGUUCCCACCCCAUGGCCUUGCUUCCUUUUUGUGGCCUCCGACCGAGCGAUUGCCACCAAGCAGGCUGAGAUUCGACACCUUGUUGAGGUGACGAAGGAGCUUUGCGAUGAGUUCAAGGAGAACGCUGGCAACAAGACUGUUGACUACGUCGCAAAGAAUCAUGCCUUGAGCACUGCGGAUGCUCGUGAAUGGCUGGGUGGCACAGAGUGGGCCUGUGGAUUGAGUGUGGAGAAGCGCACCUUCGACUCAACGCAGGAAGCCCUCCUCACCAUUGGGCAGAUCAAGCAGGCUAUGGGACAUGAGCAGCUCCACUCCUCGGAGCUGUGCAGCGUGAUAUGA